CUCCCCGAUUGACUGUGGUAUCUAAAUAUCAAUAUAUCUUCAUUAUUUUAUAUAAAAUGUUUUAUUGAAAUUAAAAUGUUUUGGUAGGUUAUGUGGCACUAAGAUAGAUAAAUAAGUAUGAAAAAAAUGUUUAAAAGAAUAUAGAAAACAUAAAGGCCUUUUGAAAAAACGUUUAAAAAUCUGGCCACACGGAAGACUUUUUCGGUUUGCAGGUAACUCAUAACAUUCAGUACUCAUGUUAAGGCAAGGACCAUUUUGAUGCUUUUGAUUUGAGCAAACAAGUGUAACAUUAAUAUAUAAUAAUGGCGGGGAUUCAUGAGGGUCCUGAAUUUGGGAUCGGUGAUUUUGUUUUGCUUCCAGAACUUACGCUUAAUGCUUUCAUGGAUAAUUUGAAAUUCAGGUAAGACUUUUACUUUACUUUUAUUUAUUAUUUAUUUAUAGUAUAGUAUACGUGUAGUAUAGUACUUAACUACUACACUACACUUACACUACUUAAUAACUUGUAACUUAAUAAUAAUGAAUGCAACUUAAUAAUUUAAGAAAGUGCUUAGGCUUAGACUUAGACUAAGCCUAGAACUUAAACUUAAGGCUAAAUAAGGACUUAACUUAAGGCAGGCAGUCCAAGUAAGGCAGUUUCAGUUAAAGUUAAGACUUACUUAAACUACUUAUAAACUAAACUUAAGGUAAGAACUAACUUUUUAGUCCUAACUGCUAAGCCAAAGUUUUAACUAAAAACUAAAGAAAUUUACCUGACCAUAGUAUAUAUUAAGUUUGGCAUUAUUAAUCAUUCAUUAUAAAAUUAUAGUUAUAGUUUAUAAAUUUCUACUCUUAAUUUAAUCAGAGAGAUAGCCAGAAGUGGAAGAGAUGCUAGCUAGAGUCAGUGGUACGUGACGAUGUAGAUGUCACUUGAUCUGGUUUUGUUCAUUAUAUUAUUUUAAAGACAAAUUUAUAUUUAGUUGUUACCUUACUCCCUUCUCAUAUGCCUACAGUGUAGGAUAUAUGCCAUAUAUAUUCAUAUUCACCUGAGGAAAACCACCCUAUUUUACUACAUCAAUUCAAGGCAUUAAUAGGCCUAUGUAUAUAAAUGAUGGACCACCUCAGUAAAUGACCGGCCAAAGUGCCAAAUGACCAAUGCCGAUAAGUGCAUUAGUCCAAUAUUUCCUUGAUUUUGCAAUUUUGCCAGUCAGUUUGAGAAAUGGCAUGAGGCAACUGACCAGGUUCAUAGGUACUAUAUACACUUGUCAAUUCAAAUACACCAGAUCUUGGCCACACUUCUAUGCCAAUUUUUUUCUUUGGCAGGCCAUUUCACAAAUUAGGUGACUAAUACUUCAUGCCUAACCUAUUGUACUAUUAAGUAGCUAAUACUUAGGCCUAACUAUUAAAUAUUUAAUUUAAAUUAGAUCAACUGACUAAUAAAUGUUUUGGGGGGGGGGGGGGGUGGUGUUUCCACUAUUAUUUUAUGAUGUAUUAUGAGAGCUAAUACUUAGGCCUAACUAUUAAAUAUUUAAUUUAAAUUAGAUCAACUGACUAAUAAAUGUAUUGCGGGGGGGGGGGGUGGUGUUUCCACUAUUAUUUUAUGAUGUAUUAUGAGGGUGUCUAAAUUUUGUGAAGAUUGGAGUGAAAAAAAAGGAGUGGGGAUAAAAUGGGCCCAAAGUAGCAUGACCUCAUUCAUGGAUGGCCCCAUACACUACACACAGUAUGCUUUAAACAUAAAGUCUAGGAGGCCCUAUAUAGACUGAUCUCAUAUCAUAUCUCUGUUGUAAUAGAAACAGGACAUCUACUUUUUGGAAGGUUUUAUGUGUUUAAUUUUAAAUGCAUAAAAAAAUAUUGAAAUGAUCCUGGUGAUAUGCCACAAAUGUAUAUGAAAUUUAAAGAUUUUUAUGCUAUAGGGCCACUUUUCUAAGAUUUUACCAGUAACUUCUUGCUAGGAUAUUUUAAACACAUGUUCCCAGCAGCAUAUUAAUUACAGCAAAAGCUGCUUUGCCUUAGAUCAGUGGUUCUCAACCUUCCCAAUGCCACAACCCUUUAAUAAAGUUCCUCAUGUUGUGGCGACCCCAAGCCACAAAAUUAUGGUCUUUGCUACUUAAUAACUGUAGAGCAUAUGUGUUUUCUGAUGGUCUUAGGCGACCCUUAGAAAAGGGCAGUGGGACCCCCAAAGGGGGUCGCGACCCACAGGUUGAGAACCGCUGCCUUAGAUCAAAAAAGAGAUGGUCACACCUUUUUAUGGAUAAAGCUGAAGAUUUAUCUGAUUGGUACAUUUUUUUUUACUUAUUCUCAUUUCUCUUGUUGAGGAUAGUUAAAAACAAUAUCAUGUCUUCUUAUUGAAAUGGGGACCAUGCCAGCUGUCAUAUUUUAAAGUUUUAUAAAUUUUUUUUUUAUAAUCCAAAUCACUAGGUUUGAAAAAGGUAAAAUCUACACAUACAUUGGGGAAGUGGUUGUGUCUGUGAAUCCUUAUAAGCAGUUGGAUAUCUAUAACAGCAGCUAUAUUCAGGAGUACAAAGACAGGGAGAUAUAUGAACGGCCUCCACACAUUUUCGCAUUGGCUGACAAUGCACAUAAAACGAUGAAGCGUCAAUCUCAGGACACAUGCAUUGUGAUAUCUGGUAAGUUCGUUAGACAGACAAGUACAUGUAUUGUUGAAUAUUGUAAUUAAGGUUGAUUAUGAUUUAGCAAGUGGUCUGAUGAAAGAAGACAUACAUCAGUUUGGAACAAUCUUAUCCUACUUAGGUAAAUUUAAUUUUCGUUAAGGCAACAGCAAUCAUGACCAAAUAUUCAAGGUUUUUUAACAAUGAAGUUGAAAUCUUCCCAGUCCACCUCAUUUAUUUGCUGAAAUAUAACCUUUUAAAAAAAACAACCUCUCUGUAAAUAUAAAGUUGUGUUUGUGUUAAGAAAGAAUUAAAGUAUAAGAAGCAACUUAUGGCAUAGAUCAAUGUCUUACUAAGUAAUUAGCCAAUGUAAACUCAUAAAUAAUUAUACCCAAUUUAUUCAUAGCGGACAUGCAGAACAAAUUAAACAUUUAUUAAAAAAAAACGUAUUCAUCUAUGUUACAAGAUAUGGAGCACAGGAACAUUUGUCUUUAUAAUAAAAAAAAAAAAAAAGGAGAGGGUAAACAUUGAAUGCUGACACUUUUUUUUUUUUUUUUUUUUUUUUUUUUUUUUUUUUUUGUAUUUCUAGAAAAUAUUAUGAUAAAUACUUAAGGCAUAAGAACUGAAGUAUUUUAAAAAAAAAAAAAAGAUCAGGGGAGUUUUCAAGUAUUUUGGCCCUUGGUAUUUGGUCUUCAGUUGUUAAGUGGGUUUGUUAUAUGUUGGUGGAUUGGUGUUAUCAAAACAAACAUCAUAUGUCUCCUAGUUCAAACAGAGAGUUAUGGUGUGCCAAGGCUAAUCAUGUAUUUUUAAUGUAAUUUGCCUUUGCUGAUAAGAUAAAAGGUGGCAUAAAUCAUGGUGGAGAACCAUAAAUUUGUUUUAAUCACAAUGUGACGGUGGGGCGGGGGAGAUAGUGUAGUGAAUAUCCUUGUAUACAUAACACAGCCACAUAUAAUGGCAUACUCAGUCAUACUUUUUUUUUUGCAACCGAGGCAAUAUUAAGGUUGGGGGGGGGGGGCGGCUCUUUUGAAAACACAGUAUGUUAUGUAAAAAGUGGACAGCAUAGCAUUUGUAAAUGGGUGUAUUUUUAAAAUAAUAUUGCUGAAAAACGUAGGGAUUUUAUUAGUUUGUUGAAUACCCGCACUGUUCACGGCUGGGGAGUGGGGAUCAGUUUGUAUGACUCCCACGUAUGACGUCACGUUACGUAAGUGGUGUCAGUGUUUGGGCUGAUGAUUGAGAUGUCAAAGUCAUGUCAAUUUUGGAAAUAGUUACUGGUGUUAGUGUUUGGGCUGAUGAUUGAGAUGUCAAAGUCAUGUCAAUGUUGGAAAUAGUUACUGGUGUUAGUGUUUGGGCUGAUGAUUGAGAUGUCAAAGUCAUGUCAAUGUUGGAUAUAGUUACUGGAUUUUUCUUUUUACAUAUUUUUUGUUUUUGUUUAAAUGGUUACUUCCAUUUACGCAAGCCUUCAUUUUGGAUAAGUCAUUCAAAUAAGUCUGCCGUUCGUCGCUAUUUGUUUCAUUUCUUGAAUUUUUCUGUCUUUACAUUUCUUGUAAUUUCUUGUAAUCUUCUGCACAUAUCUAGCUGCUGUUACGUCAUUGUAUCGCGGCGCUACAAUGACAGUGGCGCGUUGGUUGGCCUCAUUAAUUAAGCAGUUGUUAACUGCGCCUAGCGAGUACGUUUCCGGUGAAGUCAUUAUGACUAAUUAUAUUUUGGACUUGAGCCUAAAGUACCUAUGGAAGUUCCGUUAAGCCACGUGACCUAAUGUAAUUAAAGCACGCGUCUGUCCGAAACAAUAAGUUAAAGCUGUUUAUUAUUUUUAAAAAAGCUGAGGUCAAGGUGUAUGUAUCUAUAGUUAGAAUGAUGACUAACUCCUUGGUCAGCCCACCUGUGUUCACGAGUGAGGCGUGUACCGUGUAGAGUUUUCCCCAUUUUAAAAACAUAAAAAAAAAAGAGCAUUCAAUUUAUGUGUCAACAUUUUCAUCUCGGAGAAUGUACACACCGCAACACGCCGGCGUCGCCACAAGUCGUGCUUAUCUUGCUGUGGUGAAGAGAGCUUAGCCAGAUCUCAUUAGUUUAGUGUUGAUUUUUGAGCUGAGGAUGUGGGGAGAGGAAUGUUAAGCGUCUUCUUUUUUUUUUUUUUUUUUUUUCCUUUUUUUGCUGUCGGGAGUUUCUUUCUUUUUCGGGCAAGAAUAGCUCUCACAAUCUACAUCAUCAGGGAUUCAUAACCCAUUUUUAGCGUUGUACCCCUCUUGAUUUUAAGACGCGUCCCGCACCACUACCUAACUGGAUUUCAAUCAAAUAUUUCCAGCACUCCUACUCCACGAUAAAAAUGCUAAUAAAUCCGAUUUUUCUUGGUCUUCCCGCACGCCCUGACACUGCCUCCCCACCCCCAGUGGUUGCGGAACACCCCAGGUUAAGAGCCCGUGAUAUACAUUCUGCUUAUGUCGGGUCUUAGAAAGUUCACCUCGUACCUUGUUGUGAGAUCUGAGUACAUUAAUAAAUCAUCUUCAAAAAAGGGUUGGGAGGUGGGGCUGAUGAGGGACGAUCGUCGGAGGUCCCACAUUUUAAUAACGGCUUUUGAAAAGGGUAAAAAAAAAAAAAAAACUUCUAAGAAAUGAUAUCGGUUUAGAAUAAUUGUUAAAUAGAUAUGAUGUAUUAAUAGGUCAUUUAUUUUAAGCGAAAGCUGUUUCUCAGUCAUACUUUUUUUUUUGCAACCGAGGCAAUAUUAAGGUUGGGGGGGGGGCGGCUCUUUUGAAAACACAGUAUGUUAUGUAAAAAGUGGACAGCAUAGCAUUUGUAAAUGGGUGUAUUUUUAAAAUAAUAUUGCUGAAAAACGUAGGGAUUUUAUUAGUUUGUUGAAUACCCGCACUGUUCACGGCUGGGGAGUGGGGAUCAGUUUGUAUGACUCCCACGUAUGACGUCACGUUACGUAAGUGGUGUCAGUGUUUGGGCUGAUGAUUGAGAUGUCAAAGUCAUGUCAAUGUUGGAAAUAGUUACUGGUGUCAGUGUUUGGGCUGAUGAUUGAGAUGUCAAAGGCAUGUCAAUGUUGGAAAUAGUUACUGGUGUUAGUGUUUGGGCUGAUGAUUGAGAUGUCAAAGUCAUGUCAAUGUUGGAAAUAGUUACUGGUGUCAGUGUUUGGGCUGAUGAUUGAGAUGUCAAAGUCAUGUCAAUGUUGGAAAUAGUUACUGGUGUUAGUGUUUGGGCUGAUGAUUGAGAUGUCAAAGUCAUGUCAAUUUUGGAAAUAGUUACUGGUGUUAGUGUUUGGGCUGAUGAUUGAGAUGUCAAAGUCAUGUCAAUGUUGGAAAUAGUUACUGGUGUUAGUGUUUGGGCUGAUGAUUGAGAUGUCAAAGUCAUGUCAAUGUUGGAUAUAGUUACUGGAUUUUUCUUUUUACAUAUUUUUUGUUUUUGUUUAAAUGGUUACUUCCAUUUACGCAAGCCUUCAUUUUGGAUAAGUCAUUCAAAUAAGUCUGCCGUUCGUCGCUAUUUGUUUCAUUUCUUGAAUUUUUCUGUCUUUACAUUUCUUGUAAUUUCUUGUAAUCUUCUGCACAUAUCUAGCUGCUGUUACGUCAUUGUAUCGCGGCGCUACAAUGACAGUGGCGCGUUGGUUGGCCUCAUUAAUUAAGCAGUUGUUAACUGCGCCUAGCGAGUACGUUUCCGGUGAAGUCAUUAUGACUAAUUAUAUUUUGGACUUGAGCCUAAAGUACCUAUGGAAGUUCCGUUAAGCCACGUGACCUAAUGUAAUUAAAGCACGCGUCUGUCCGAAACAAUAAGUUAAAGCUGUUUAUUAUUUUUAAAAAAGCUGAGGUCAAGGUGUAUGUAUCUAUAGUUAGAAUGAUGACUAACUCCUUGGUCAGCCCACCUGUGUUCACGAGUGAGGCGUGUACCGUGUAGAGUUUUCCCCAUUUUAAAAACAUAAAAAAAAAAGAGCAUUCAAUUUAUGUGUCAACAUUUUCAUCUCGGAGAAUGUACACACCGCAACACGCCGGCGUCGCCACAAGUCGUGCUUAUCUUGCUGUGGUGAAGAGAGCUUAGCCAGAUCUCAUUAGUUUAGUGUUGAUUUUUGAGCUGAGGAUGUGGGUGGAGAGGAAUGUUAAGCGUCUUCUUUUUUUUUUUUUUUUUUUUUCCUUUUUUUGCUGUCGGGAGUUUCUUUCUUUAUCGGGCAAGAAUAGCUCUCACAAUCUACAUCAUCAGGGAUUCAUAACCCAUUUUUAGCGUUGUACCCCUCUUGAUUUUAAGACGCGUCCCGCACCACUACCUAACUGGAUUUCAAUCAAAUAUUUCCAGCACUCCUACUCCACGAUAAAAAUGCUAAUAAAUCCGAUUUUUCUUGGUCUUCCCGCACGCCCUGACACUGCCUCCCCACCCCCAGUGGUUGCGGAACACCCCAGGUUAAGAGCCCGUGAUAUACAUUCUGCUUAUGUCGGGUCUUAGAAAGUUCACCUCGUACCUUGUUGUGAGAUCUGAGUACAUUAAUAAAUCAUCUUCAAAAAAGGGUUGGGAGGUGGGGCUGAUGAGGGACGAUCGUCGGAGGUCCCACAUUUUAAUAACGGCUUUUGAAAAGGGUAAAAAAAAAAAAAAACUUCUAAGAAAUGAUAUCGGUUUAGAAUAAUUGUUAAAUAGAUAUGAUGUAUUAAUAGGUCAUUUAUUUUAAGCAAAAGCUGUUGCUCAGCAACGAGGUAAUAUCGUCUAGCUUUCUCUCAAAUGCACCUUGCACAACGCUUAUGGCCGGGGGCGUCGAGCCGGGGUAAAUUACCCCAAAUGGAUAUCGUGGGGGAUAGGGACCCGGUAGUCAUACACACAAAAAUAUUUUCAAAAUACCACAUUCCGGUCAGCUUAAUAGAGAAACCAAUAUUUUGUGGUUAGUACUGACCCGGCAGCUACUUUAAGCUUUUGGUUUUAGCACCUUGUUGUUCAUAGUAACGGUUGAUUUCCUUCCUUCCUAUCGAGAUUUAAGCACCUUUUUGGUAUGGAAUGCCGUUCAACCAUGGCCAGUACGCAUUUCCUUUGAAAUAUUUUAUCAAGAAAUGUUAAUCUAUUAUUGUGUCUGUGUCUCUGUCUAUCCACAAAAAAAAGUGAGCAUCAUGGGGUAAAAUAAAAAACAAUUGUUGCUCAAAGCAAUAUCGUGGAAAGCCUCGGGCCACUGGCCGAUGGUUCCAGCGUCGCCCAUACUGGUGUGUUGUUAGAUCAUACGAACGAUCUGGUUUGGUGACACAAUACUCUGCAGGCAACCUGCGUAGGUGAUACAAUGCUCCAGUGACAACUAGCUUAGGUGACACAAUGCUCCGGUGGCAACCUGCUUAGGUGACACAAUGCUCUGAUGACAACCAGCUUAGGUGACACAAUGUUCUGAUAACAACCAGCUUAGGUGACACAAUGCUCUGAUGACAACCAGCUUAGGUGACACAAUGCAUUGGUUACAACCAGCUUAGGUGACACAAUGCAUUGGUUACAACCAGCUUAGGUGACACAAUGCAUUGGUUACAACCAGCUUAGGUGACACAAUGCAUUGGUUACAACCAGCUUAGGUGACACAAUGCAUUGGUUACAACCAGCUUAGGUGACACAAUGCAUUGGUUACAACCAGCUUAGGUGACACAAUGCAUUGGUUACAACCAGCUUAGGUGACACAACGCAUUGGUUACAACCAGCUUAGGUGACACAAUGCAUUGGUUACAACCAGCUUAGGUGACACAACGCAUUGGUUACAACCAGCUUAGGUGACACAAUGCAUUGGUUACAAUCAACAGCGGGAUCCAAAUAAGUAAAUAAUUUAUGUUAGUUAAACAUUGAGUAGAACUGUCAAUAUAAACUGACACUAAAUGUCAACAAUAUAUGUUUAAAAACUUGUUACAUUUAAUUCUUCAUUGCAAUCAUUUUGCUGCAUUCAUCAUUCCACUGUGUAUUUAUCAAGUGGGUGGGGGCUAUAUGAAAGGAUCAUUAACAAGGGGGUAACUUAUUUUUUUGUCGAAAUCCGUUCGAAGUAUUCAAUGUUGUUAUUGUUAAGAGCAAGGGAUCUCAUACUUUCUUUUUAUUUAGGAACUGGGUUUGAAAUUUGAUAUACACCAUGAAUUACAAAAUGUUUGUGUUUAUAACCGUACUCACACUAAUGGGGUCAGUGUUAAUUGCUGUUUCUAUUAAUACAACGAUCCUGUGGUUCGUUUGUGUAAGAGUACAUGGGAGGAGUUUAACUGGGUCAACACAAUGUCUAUACCUAUGUGAUGCAGCUAGGCGCCUGGCGCUGCUUUAACCGUUUCCCAAAAUACCUUUGUUUAGAGUGGCAGAAGGAUUCACAUUAAGUUCUAAGAUAAGUUUAUUCAUUUGAAAGGCUCAUAGUAGUAUGUGUGAAUUGGACAAGGGAGUUUAAAGGGUGGUGCCAGACGGCAAGCCUUGUUCAUAACAAUGCGGCGUAAAGAUCUACUGCGUACCGUAAUGUUAAUGAGCUAAAAGACCAGAACCAUUUUCUCCACUUCCCAUGGAUACUGCAGUCUUAAAAAGUUAAGUUGAUUCAGGCUGGGACAGCGGAAAGGUGGGUGGGGGUGGAGGGGGGCGGACCUCUUCAGGCUGGAUUUUUCUCCCCUCCCUUUAUUGUAGGACUGAAAUUUUCGGCCAGCUGCAGAAGAGUAAUUUCGUGGGUGGGGCGGCAAAAAUCUUGACCCGCCCCGGAGGCAAUAAUCCAAACGUCUCCUGGGCUGCGGGGAGCAGUUCACUGUCCUGGCAUUGGCCGUUUCUUGGUUCUUAAGAUAUAUGUUUCAUCUAUAUUUUGGUGUCGGUUGGGAUAUGUCGAAAUAUUCUGCUCAUUUAUUUUGUAAUUAUUAUUAUUAUUAUUAUAUAUAUAUAUAUAUAUAUAUAUAAAAUUAAGUUUAACUUAAACAGGAUUGAUGCCAGUGUAUUGGUUAGGGCGUUGUAUUAACACAUUAGACACAAGGUUUUAAAGCAUCUACUAAUUUCAUUCCAUUAGAUCAGAAGGGUUGUGGUUUUUUUAACCGUAAUGCGCCGAGACAAUUUCUUCAGCAUAUAUUAUCAAUCCACCCGAGAAAAUCUAGCUAUGCCAUCGUCACAACGUGUCAGGAUCAGAAUGAAAGCCGUCGCUUGAGGUUUGGAGGCCCCCUAGCAUUGGUCGGUUAUGUGCCCCCCUGCACUCUAAGCUGAAAGUUUACAUAUUUUUCGAUAUCACAUCUUUGGGCUCCUUAAAUAUAUGAGACCCGCUGCAGCUGCAAGGCUCACGUGACGGCUCUGAUCACAAUAACCGGUUUAUAAACUGUACAGUCGGUAAUUACAAAAAAAAAACGAAUCGAUUCACUAGGCACAACUCCUUUGGCGCAUUCAUCCGUGACAUUUAGACUGCAAUUGAAUAAUAUCUUAAUUGUAUUGAUUGUCGGUAUUUUUAAACAAGUAAUUGGGAAUAAUGUGCCACCCUCACACACCUGAAUAGAAAUAUACUCCCAUUGUAUUUCCAAUGAUUUUCUCGUGUUUUAUAAGUUUAUUCAACCGGUACCUAAAUGUCUAGCUGUAAGUAAAACUGCUGUACCAGGCAAUUCUUUGAUCAGAAUGUAGUGGUCAAUGAAUUGAUCGGUUUGACAUCAUCCUCUGGUGUGUUCGACGUGUUGACCAAACGUUCCCCGCAUGGCUGCUGCAGAUUAAACAAGUCGUGCAGAUUUAGGAUUAACCCACCACCCCCCCCCCCCUCGUUAGAUCGAUAGCAUCCCACAAAUCAGCUCGCACUCUAUCAAACAAAGCCCAGUGCUAUACCUCUGGGAGACUGCAGGAGGCGGAAUGAGUAGAAAAAAAGAAAACGCCAAUAUAAUAUGCGCGCACUUUAACUGAUUGUGCGGUAGAGAAAUCCAUUGAAAGACUCGCGGGCAAGCUACGUGUUGCUGAUGUUCCCGCCUGGGCUCGCUGAGUAAUACAGUCUCAGCUGACGUUAAUGGUGUGGGCUGGGAUGGAGUGUGGGGGAUACCCCCGCCCCGCCCUUAAUGGCCUGGAAAACCAAAACAUCUGGAUCAUUCAAUUAAAACAUGAGUCCCGGUGUCGUUUCUUUGAAUGGUUUUGAUGAGCAGCCACAGUAAUCAAGCGAGUCCCACCUCGAACCACAAUGUGAAAUAUCUUUUUACGUAUCAAUUACGGGGAUUUAUGAUUAUUAUUAUUAUUAUAGGUUGUUUUUUUUCAUACAUUUUUUUUGGCUGGGGGUGGAUUAUGUAAGGGCCCGGGGACCAUCCUCAAAUGACGUCACGCAUUUAGGAAGGAGGAGGUCAUGAAUUUGUGAAGAUUGGGAUGCAGGGGGCAAAUGCGUCAUUUAUGGAUGUUCACUCUAGCAAUAUCAAAUUUAAAAUACCAACACCGCAUGAUUUUUAAUUAUUAGUUAAUAUGUUAUUUAAAAUUGUGUCGUUGUAGUUUAAGGUUAAUUUUGGACUAAAUUUUGUCUUUUAACGUCUUAAACCAGAUCAGAUAUUGUAUUUGAGACCUGCUGAACUUCUGUUUAAAAUGUUGGGGAUCGACCAGCGCCUCCUUGCGACAUUUUUCAAUGGCAUAACUUUAGCAUUGGAGACUGGAGGGCAGGGACAGCGUGACCUAUUUUGUUUGUCAGCACUUUUAAGUAUUUACCGGGGUGGAUUUCACAGUAGUGCUUUGUAUAGAGUUUUACAGAGGUUCUCAAACUCAACAUAUUUUUUCCAUAAGAUUAGGUCGAGAAUAUUUAUAAAAAAAAAUAAAAAAAAUAAAUAAAAAUAAAUAAAGGAAAUGUUUGAAAAUGAAACAUGGAAUGAUCGAUUGACAACACAGGAUAUUGGAGAUGACAUUUCAGCAUGGAACGUCUGGAAUGUAUGUGUGUGUGGCGGGGGGGGGGUUACUUGGCAAAGACGUAUGAGAGACAUUCAAGUACAUAUCCUUGUGAAUUGUUUGUCUUCGUUUAUUUGGUGUGUAUGCGUAUUAUAAAUCAUCUACUCCGUUUAUAAAAGAAUCUUAUCUUAUUGUAUUUGUAUGAGCAUUAGAACUGUCCCUAUCUCAUUUAUUUUGUGUUAUUAUUACUUCCCCUAUUUCAUUUCUUUUGUGUUAUUAUACUUCCCCUAUUUCAUUUAUUUAGUGUUAAUGAUUACUUCCCCUACACCCGCUCUCGUCUUGCUGUGGGCGGAUGUGGGUGAUAUGGGAACGUUUUCUAAUGAAUACAAGAAGAUCAAGACUGUUACCCUUUAUCCGGUUGUAACAGCUAUGACAGCCGAAUGUACUAAGCAGUGUGGCUUACGGUGGUUAGAGAUUAAAUGACCAACCAAACCUUACAUUGCUGGGAAUACUCACUAGAUUUGACACUUGACGAAAACGGAUGUAGUUUAAAACAGUGGUCCCCAAAUGGCGGUCCGUGGACCUUUAACGGUCCGCAUGCCUAACGCUGCAGGUCCACAUAACAUAAAUAUUUAUUGUCAAAUAGAAGUAAAAGUAUAAGAAUAAAUCAUUCACCGGUCCCUGGUAAAAUUUCGAAACUUGUUCACCGGUCCGCCAAACUUAAAAGUUUGGGAACCUCUGGUUUAAAACAUAAACUGAGGCGUUCAGACAUGAACGCACACACACACACACACACGGACUUACAUAAUUUAUAGUGGGGAGAUGGUAGCCACUUGUAAUGAUGACAGUUAGUGUGCGGUUGAGUCAUAAGAUGGGUGGAUGGGGACGAGAUAACACAUGUGAACAAAAAUUAAUGACGCGUAAUAUAUUUCCUCCUGGGUCUACGUAUAUGGAGUUUUGGGUUUUUUCUGAUCUGUUUACUUUACGAACCAUCAAAGAAGUUAACUUUGUCAUGCUGGGUCUUCAUAUAUAUAUGGUGGUGUGGGAUAUUCUCCUUUACUUUACGAACCAUCAAAGAAGUUAACUUUGUCAUGCUGGGUCUACAUCUAUGGAGGUGUGGGCUAUCCUCUUUACUUUACGAACCAUCAAAGAAGUUAACUUUGUCAUGCUGGGUCCACAUCUAUGGAGGUGUGGGCUAUUCUCCUUUACUUUACUAACCAUCAAAGAAGUUAACUUUGUCAUGCUUCGUGUUGGCCGACCUUCUGUGUUGUCAAUAUUUACUUCUUUUUUUUAGAGGGCCCUGAGCACAUGUUCGGCCCUGCAAUGGAUCACGGUCAACAACCUGACAAGGAUAUUAACCAUGGACUAGGUUAAACAAGACCGUGACCGAUGCAUUGCGAUUGGUGUAUAAUUAGAAAUAUAAAUAUAACUCCAUGCACUGCAUUCAACAAAAAUAGAGUUUUGCUAUUUAGAAUUUUCAAGGCGCGGUUUAAAACACAAAGGUUUUCGCGCCGCACCGUUUGAGAGUCAUGACAUGCACCGUUUGAGAGUCAUGACACAGAUGGCAUCCUAUAGCAGCACAUUAUUAGUUUUCAUCUUCACCUGCAACUAUAGAUUAGUAGCAAUCGUUACCCUUACUCUAUAUAUUGUUAUAUUCUCUCUGAGUAGUGUUGUAUGUUCAAUGUUACCAGACAGCCCAUGCCUUAACAAACAUGGCAACUAUCUAAGAUGACAUGCCCUACAACUAAUGUGUUCCCAUUUGUAGUUUACUAUAAACCCCACAAUAGAUGAGUGAUGUCCUAUAUAAUAUUGUGCCCCUCAAUAAAUGAGUGAUGUGGUAUGCAGUACUAUAUACCACACAAUACCUGAGUAAUAUUAUAUGCAGUACUAUAUACCACACAAUACGUGCGUGAUAUUUUAUGAAGUACAAUAUACCCCACAAUACAUGAGUGAUGUACUAUGUAGUAAUAUAUACCCCACAAUACAUUAGUGAUGUACUAUGUAGUAAUAUAUACCCCACAAUACAUGAGUGAUGUACUAUGUUGUACUAUACAUACCACGAUAGAUGAGGGAUGUGCUAGUUAGUACCGGUACUAUAUACCCCACGAUAGAGAAAUGCUAAGUGUCACGCAGUACAUGAGUGAUAUGCUAUGCAGUUCUGUAUACCCCACGAUAGGUGAGGGGUGUGCUAUGCAUUAAUAAGUGCCCCUCAAUAAAAGACAAGCCAUAUUGACAGUUACUUGAACUUAACCAUGGGGGGGGGGGUAUUUUUUUUCCGGCUGUCAUGUGAAGAGGGCUGUCAGCCCUCCCAAAACAGCCCUCCCAACAGCAGAAGAGUAAUGACUGUUAAUAGUCAUGCUUUGAACGUGUUCGUCUUGGUUUACGUGACCUACAGUUUUUAUGUUUUAUUUAUUUAUUUAUUAUUUUAUCUUUAUUUUUUUGCUGUUGCUCGGUGGCAGCACAAAUAUAGAAGGAAGUAUGUGGAAAGAUUAAAUAGACAUUCAAAUAUUUAAAAACCCAGCUUAUCCCUAAGAUAACACUGACGUUCGUUUCAAUAAUUCUACGUUCAAUCUUCGUGCAAGCGAAUAUUCCUCGUAUUGGUUUACAUCCGGGUAACUCUCAGGCCUACGAGGCGCGUAGGUCAUUUCCUCUAGAAGUAGAAGUGACCACUUAAUGUCAUUGGCGCCUAGGUGUUAAACCAAUUAAAAGCAUUUCAUGAAAAGCCAAGUUAAUUGAAAGCACCGGUUUUGUAUGCAUUGUUAUAUUUUAGAAACUGGCUACAACAGCUCAAACUGAGAAAUAUUGGACGAAUGUCGUUUUUGUUUUUUUUUAAAAGUGGAGUUGGGGUUGCAUUGAAGACAGUGGUGGACACUUCAUAGUCGGGAGGGGGGGGCACAAUCUCACCAUCUUAGUCUGCAAGUACUUAACUAAAGGUACAUAACAGUUUUCAAGUUAAGUAUUGCCCUUGUAGAUAAUUGUAUGAUGGUUUAGAUUAGUACAACUGUUUGAGGGUUGAACUCUGAAGUCAUUUGUGUAUGGCAGUCGUGUGUUGAACUCCUUAUAAGGGUGACUACUGAAUCUCUGAAGUCAUUUGUGUAUGUCAGUCGUGUGUUGAACUCCUUAUAAGGGUGACUACUGAAUCUCUGAAGUCAUUUGUGUAUGGCAGGCGUGUGUUGAACUCCUCAUAAGUGUGACUACUGAAACUCUGAAGUCAUUUGUGUAUGGCAGUCGUGUGUUGAACUCCUCAUAAGUGUGACUACUGAAUCUCUGAAGUCUUUUGUGUAUGGCAGUCGUGUGUUGAACUCCUCAUAAGUGUGACUACUGAAUCUCUGAAGUCAUUUGUGUAUGGCAGUCGUGUGUUGAACUCCUCAUAAGUGUGACUACUGAAUCUCUGAAGUCUUUUGUGUAUGGCAGGCGUGUGUUUAACUGGUAGCUCGUCGAUCCGGUUCCUAAACGAUAUAAGCGCGGCACACCUACAAUAUGUGGAUACUGCUAACACUUUACUAAUUAUUUAUUGAAAGGGGGGGGGGUUGUUUGGGGUGGGGGGCGCAAGUGCAAUUGGUUCAAUAGCUUUUUAUGAUAGUGUGUUGGAAUGUUUGUGAAUUCGCCUUGGGGGGAUUUGAUGCAAGGAAUCGAUCAUACAGCUGUGCCAAUAUUAGGCGUGCAGUAGUAGUAGUAGUACGUGGAAAUGUAUCGGCAUUUGCAUGGUGGAAUAAAUUGCAGACGUUACAUUGCUUCACAAGUCACUUUGAAGAUGUCGGCAUCAUUCAGGCAGAACUUAGAAAUCUGGGCGUUUCUGAUAGUUAGUUUUAGGGGAGGUCAGGAGUGAACUUAGAACUGUCCCCCCCCCCCCAAACUUCGGAUUCGAGAGUAGAGUUGACCUUGGGUGACGUUCGAUUGCUUUCUGCAGCGAAAUGCUGGCGAUUGUUUUCUCCCGUCGUCAUUCCACGCUCCCCGCCCUGCUCCUGUUUUCUGUGGGCUAUGAUCUGUACUUCCGACUGAAGCCCAAUUUGGUGGGGCUUUAUUGACUUGACUGGCCACGAACCUUGGGACACGGCAAGCACGUCCUAUCGCUGGCGGGGGUGAUCCGAUUUGAUCUUUGGCUUGUGUGGCCUUCGCCGGUGUUUCCCCCAGUUCGCUUGGAGGUUAGACAAUGCGAAAUACCUUACUCCAAGUUCCCCGACAUUUGCCGUACACGCUUGAAUAGUUAAUGUUUGUUGAAUAAAAGUCUUGAUUGACAAACAAUGACCCACAAUCGCCUCCGCUAAUGACUGUAUGCUGUUUUAACCCCUUUUAAAAAAAAACCCAACUAUGUGUAAUGUUUGCUCUGGUUUACUUACAAGCACGGAUCUGACUGAAUAGGGUGUCCGUCAUGUUAAUGUCAAGUAGAAUGACCUGACCACUUGGUUUGGUAGAAGUCAUCCAUUAGCCGCGGGCAGACAAGUCGCCUCUGUUUUUCCUUACUAUGUACAAGAACGGGACAUGUACACAGAGUACGAGCCAUGUACACACGGGAGGGAACAUGGGUUCGAGCUUUGCCACCAAGGUUAAGCGCUGGUCAUAAGGUCAUCGUGGUGUGGAAUAUCCCGCCAUCAAGACUCGUUUCAUGACAUGCCAGACGAGCCUCAAGCUCACAUCACAGGUGCAUCCUCAACAAAAAUUAACGGCAAUGGCAUACUACAGGUGAAGAUUGCAAAGUAGCAUAUGGGCUGGGGACAAUGUGGGGGAAGGGGCACGUAAACAUCUUACAUUAAGGGCCACCCUUAAAAGACAAGCGUCUUGGGUGGGGAGGGGGUGGUACAUAAACAUCCUAAAUUAGGGGCCAUGCUUAAGAGACAAGCGUCGGCCGAAAAGAGGGGGGGGGGAGGCGACGAAAAUUUUUUUGAGAAUGCAUGAUGGGGAUUUUUAUUUUAAAAAAAAAUUAUGUUAAUGGGAAGGGGGAUCAAAAAUAGGCCAAAAUNUUGGGUGGGGAGGGGGUGGUACAUAAACAUCCUAAAUUAGGGGCCAUGCUUAAGAGACAAGCGUCGGCCGAAAAGAGGGGGGGGGGGAGGCGACGAAAAUUUUUUUGAGAAUGCAUGAUGGGGAUUUUUAUUUUAAAAAAAAAUUAUGUUAAUGGGAAGGGGGAUCAAAAAUCGGCCAAAAUGACGAGGCGUCAUUAAGGGAUGGCCCCUUAGCACCAAAACCAGUUUGGGACUUCAUGCAAGCCUGUUGGUGUUAAGUACCACGUGAAAAUACUCCCCGUCCUACCUCUUGUCUUGUUUGAAAAACAAAAUAGACCAUAAUUGGAAAUUUAAGUUUAAAGCAGUCGUGAUAUAGUUAAAAACAUUUAUAUGGAAAUUUCUACAUCAAAUGUCGGUAGCCUGAAUAUUCUUGUGAUCUAAUUUUCAAAUUCCUUUUACAAAGUCUAUUUGGGCAUUAAGACGUUUGGUUAAUUAGAUGGUGGUGGAGGGAAAUUUUAUCAUGAUAAAUCAUCGCUAAUGCAGGGAUGCUAUACCUAUCUCUAAUGCAGAGAUGCUAUACCUAUCUCUAGUGCGGAUACUAUACCUAUUUACUGGAUCAGAUUUAUCAAAAAACAGAUAUUCUUGUUACAGGUGAAAGUGGCUCUGGAAAGACUGAAGCCUCCAAGAUCAUCAUGCGAUACAUUGCUGCUGUCACCAAUGUCAGUGGACAGAAAGAAGUGGAAAGGUAUUCUUAUAACAAUGCUAAUAGAACUAAUGAGCUGGUUGGUUGCUAAUAGAACUAAUGAGCUGGUUGGUUGCUAAUAGAACUAAUGAGCUGGUUGGUUGCUAAUAGAACUAAUGAGCUGGUUGGUUGCUAAUAGAACUAAUGAGCUGGUUGGUUGCUAAUAGAACUAAUGAGCUGGUUGGUUGCUAAUAGAACUAAUGAGCUGGUUGGUUGCUAAUAGAACUAAUGAGCUGGUUGGUUGCUAAUAGAACUAAUGAGCUGGUUGGUUGCUAAUAGAACUAAUGAGCUGGUUGGUUGCUAAUAGAACUAAUGAGCUGGUUGGUUGCUAAUAGAACUAAUGAGCUGGUUGGUUGCUAAUAGAGACUGUGAACUUCUCAAAUCUUUUAUAUUUGAAGUCAAAUCUGAGUCUUGGCUAGACUGAAGUGUCUUAUCUUUUUGAACAGAAAUAUAUAUUAAUUGAACAAAAUGUGUGAUGAAAGAUUUUCUCAUCAAUUUAUGUAUUAACCAGUACGUGUCAUUCAUAGGGUGAAAGAUGUGCUGAUCAAAUCCAACAAUAUCCUUGAAGCCUUUGGCAACGCCAAGACAAAUCGUAACGACAAUUCAAGUCGUUUCGGCAAAUACAUGGACAUCAACUUUGAUUUCAAGGGAGAUCCUAUUGGAGGCCACAUUAGCAAUUACCUGCUAGAAAAGGUAUUGAGAUCAUAGGUCCUACUUAAGUGAAUGUUUCUUGAACGAUGAGGUUAACAAUCAGGUUAAUGCCAUCUUCUAAUUUCCACCAAUGCCAGUUCGAUAACUAUAUUUGACAAAAUGGCCUGAAGAAUUUUUUUUACUUUUAAUAAAUUGUUGUCCUUUAUUUAUCUUUACAGAGCCGAGUUGUUUACCAGCAGGAUGGGGAGAGAAAUUUUCAUUCAUUUUAUCAGGUAACAAUCAUGACUGAGUGAGGGAUACUGUGUCAUUGUAGAAUAAUCUUAACUAAUAAAAUGAGCCUUCAGCAACAUCCCACUAUGUUUACAUGACUUAUGUGUCUAUCAUGUUUUUAGGUUGUGUCUGUCCUUUGAUGUGUACAUUUCAAACUUAUUUUUGUGAGUAUCCUUCCCCCAUUCCACUCCACUUUCCCCAAAUCAGCUGCUUAGUGGGGCACAAGAUGGGAUGCUGAGUGAUUUCAAGCUGACUAGAGAUCCCAAGAAAUACAACUUCAUCAACCAGGGAGGAGAUCCAAGGGUGAGACAUUAUCAUUGCUUUCUUUAAAAAAAAAAAUAAAUAAAAAAAAAAGUGUCAUCACAUAUCAACAUGCACUAGUAGAAUUACAAAAAAAGGUAGAGAUAACUGCACUGACCUGCCCUGGGUGGUCAAAAACAUGUUUUUUACCCAACUUUUAUUUCUAAAUGGUUCUUUGUGUCCAGGUGGCAUCUAUAAAUGACAAACAAGACUUUCGUGGAGUGAUGGAUGCCAUGAAAGCCACAGGUUUUACUCCAGAGGAAAUCUCGACAUCGUGGAAACUCAUAGCUGCAGUCCUGCACCUGGCAAGCUACUUUAUUUACAAUUAUGUUGCAUGGUUGCAUUACAAUUUUGAUCCAAUUUACCCUUUCAAGCUUUUUUUUGUUUUAAAUGUCUUUGCAAUGAGAAAAUAUGUUAAAAAUUUGUUGUAAGGAGAUUUGAGUUAUAAUAUUCUCAUUUAGGGCAACAUUGAAUUUGCUGGAGAGGACCAGUCUGAGAUAAGCAACCAGGAAGAACCGACCAUUGUUAGCUUGUUACUUGGCGUCACCAAAGACAACCUGGAGAAGGCUCUGUGUUCCAGAGUCAUAGCAGCAGGUGGAAAUGUUGUGGAUAAGCAUUUAAAUGUACCCGAGGCACAUUACGCCAGGAAAGCAUUUGCAAAGGUAUUUUUAUGGUUAGGUGGGCUUUUGAAAAAAUCAGAUGUUUUUUUUUUUUUUUCCUUUUCAAUUUUAUGAUGCCAACUUCUUUUGAGCUAAUUUUUUUAGGUCUUUUUUUGUUUUAUUUGUACUGUUUUUUUUCUUGUUGUGUUCUAUGAUGCAGACUUUCGGAUAUUUUCUUUGAGUUGUAUUAUUUUUUUUCUUAAGUUUCAUAAAUCCCUUUAUACCUUUUGAUUUUUUUUUCCUGAUUAAAAUUCAUCCUUCCAUGAAUAUGUUUAAUAUGCAGAAUUUCUAAAGAGCCACUUUUAGAUAAUUGAGUUAUAUAAACAUAAAGUACUCGUCUAUGUUUCAGGCCAUGUAUGAUAGAUUAUUUACUUGGAUUGUUGGUCGUAUCAAUGAUGCCAUCGACCCUAAACAACAUGGGAGGACAGUGGGCAAGAACACAGUCAUAGGAGUACUUGAUAUCUAUGGCUUUGAGAUCUUUGAUAACAACAGGUCAUUAUUAUUGAUAAAUGGAUUAUGUUAUUAUGUCAUUUCACUAGAAUCAUAUUGUGCUUUAAACUAUGUGCAACGUAACUCAUAAAAUAUUUCCUAUACAACAGCACACACUCUCGUAUCAAGUAUAAAAAGCAUUUAUUAAUCUUCCCCCCAAAAAAUUAACAAAUGUCUGUCACAAUGUGAGUUUUUAAAGAUGUUGCUUGUUUCUGUGAAAGUUUAGCUAAAUAUCGAAGUUUCUGAUUUAAGAAUGCACCCCAUUUAAUUGACAGCGUUUUGUUUGUCUCUUUCUCCUCUUACAGUUUUGAACAAUUCUGCAUCAACUACUGUAAUGAGAAACUGCAGCAGCUUUUCAUAGAACUAGUGCUGAAACAAGAACAAGAGGAGUAUAUGAGAGAAGGCAUCCAAUGGCAGCAUGUGAGUCAUUAGUUUCAAGUUGUCGGAUAUAGAUAUGUGAUCACUCUAGAUUUGAGUUAGCUAAGAGCAAAGGAAGCACAAUAUUUAAGUAGAUAAGAUUAUAUAUAAUGUGUGGGGAUUGUAGUAAUUUACUGAACUAAUGGACAAUUUCUUAUCUCUAGACCCAGUGGGCUUAAUUUUAAGGCAGCAUUAAGUCGUCUUAGCUCGAAUAGAUUCAGUCAGUCUGAAAUCAUAGAUCAGAUGAUAUAUUAACUUGGGCUAUAUGUACUUUAAAACGAUGUAAAAAAAUUAAUAAGUCUGUUAUGGUAACUAAAAUAGAAGAAAAUCACUACCAUUUAUAGAAGAUUGUGCAUCCAUUAACACACUAUCAAUAUGCUCAUGACCACAACAAUAAUUAGAUCACAGUGAACAAACAUCUUACUCAUCUAUUAGUAAAAUACUAUUUCCUGAUUUUGUUGUGUUGCGCUGAAUCUUUUUAUAGGUGGAUUAUUUUAACAACAAAGUCAUUUGUGAUCUCGUGGAAGUUCCACAUCAUGGCAUCUUUGCCAUUUUGGAUGAGGCAUGCCUUAAUGUUGGGAAGAUAACAGAUGAGGUAAGUUUUAAAAUGGAUUGUUUUGUAAAUAUUGCAUUAUGAUAAAUAAGAUUACGUUUGGAUUAUAUUAAAUACCAUUAACAAAAUCAUAAUAUAUUUCAUCAUUAAAAAGCUGUCCACAAGUAAUUAUUGUAGUUGUGCAAAGUUAAUGGGCUAAUCAUGGUUGACUUUUGGACUUACAGAAUGGUCUAAAAAUAACAUUGCUAACAUUUUUCUUUAAGCCUAAUCUAAUUCAUAUUAAGGUAUUUCUAAAAGGUCAGAAAUCAUAAAUGAACCACAAGCAAAAGUUAAUUAUUUAAAAAAAAAUAAAUGAUAUUGCUGUAUCACAAUGAGUAAAGUUAUAUAAUAUAAAUAAAAUACUCUCUCACAGAUGUACCUGGAGGCAAUGGCAAAGAAGCUAGGGAAACAUGACCGUUUCACCUGCAGACAGGUAAAUGAGAUCUACAUGAAUACGUUUCUUGUCAAUCUAACACAUUUUCACCAUAUCAAAUUGAAGCAAUUUUAUGCUGAAAUUGUAUUUUUAGAUUUUGUGUUUUUUUUUCCCUUUCAACUCAGCUUGAGCCAGCUGAUAAAACUUUAGAGCAUCAUCGUGACUUCAGAAUCAAGCAUUACGCUGGAGAUGUGACCUACAGUGUUGUUGGCUUCAUUGAUAAAAACAAAGACACUCUCUUCAUGGACUUUAAAAGGCUUUUGUUUAACAGGUACACUGAAAUCAUGUCAGUUCACAACAAAACCACACUUUUAUCUAUUUUUUUAUUUUUUUUUUAAAUUUGCUACAUGGACUGAGUUUAGUGAUCCUUAUGUUUUAGAGGAUUGGUUCAUAUAGUUUGGAUUAUUGUUGUAAGUUUAUGCAAAGCAUUACCUUUGGGUUAAUUGUCUGAAUUGUUUGUCUUAUAUAACGCUAUAUUUCCUAAACAGUUCCAACAGCGUUAUCAAGGUGAUGUGGCCAGAAGGUGCCCAGAGUGUUACAGAGGUUGGUCAAUUAUAUUUAAAAAACUAUUAAAUUGUUUAAAUAUUUUUUUUUCUUCUUUUUCUUUGCCUUUUCAAAUCUCGGUGGAGCAUAGGUCAUAACCAGUUUCUUCCCGAGCCUUCCAGUCUCUAGCUGUCAUCUCUUUAUUUUUUCUCCCGAUAUAAAUCAGAAUUAACCCAAAAAAUUAAAUUAUAAUUUAAGGUUGCAGCGAUUACAUUUUUAUUGAAAAAUUAAAUAUAGUUUAUUGCCCAAAAAACUCAAAGGUUUCAUGGUCUUUCCUUCGACAGACCUAGGCUCUGCUACUGAAACACAAAUGUGUCAUCGCGACACAGUUUGGAGAGCUCUGACUAAAUUUAUCCUUAACUCUAAUAAUAUUCUUACUUUACAGACAACCAAAAGGCCCAUUACAGCUGGAACAUCUUUUAAAAACUCCAUGAUUUCAUUGGUAGAGAAUCUUGCUAGCAAGGUGGGUAUAGUAAACUAUUGAAAAAAAAAUUCAGUCCUUGAUAUCCAUUUUUUUUUUGGUUUGUGUACUUAUUUAUCUGAGAACUCAACAAUUUCUGAAGACAGCCAUAUUUGUUUUUAAAAUCCUGUUUUUUAGCCUGUUGAAAUUCUUUUAAUGUGAGUGUGAAAGUUACAAUCCUCAUGUCCUGUAAUCAUUGAUAACAUUUUUCAACACUGAUAAUUUGUCUACAGGUCCCCUUCUAUGUGCGGUGCAUCAAACCAAAUGAGGUCAAAUCACCAUUGCUUUUUGAUGAAACAAGGUCACGUCACCAGGUCAUGUACCUGGGUCUUUUGGAGAACGUCAGAGUACGAAGGGCUGGUUUUGCUUUCAGGAUGGCAUAUAACAGAUUUCUCAGAAGGUACAUCACAUUGUUAUUUGCAAUCAUUUAAUAUCAUUAUUAAAGGGACCCCUAGUUAGCUGACUUUUUUGGAGCCACACAAAGAAUUAACAAUCAGGGAAAAGCUGCAAACAUUUUCAUUAGAGUAUUCGACAAGCCAUUUAGUUACCGGGGUGUUGAAAUAAUAAACAUUUUGAUUGUACUUGUGCAUUCUCCCCCCCCCCCCCCCCCCCCCCCCCUCUCCCAAAUAUGUCUUUAAUGCUCAUUCAGUCUAAUGCAGUGAAAGAGAAUUGACCUUUCUUACAAACAAGACUGUACACACUCAAAAUAGUUGUGUGCAUGGUAUUUAUAUUUGACCUUGUUAGUGAAGACAAUUUUAUGCUCGUGUAGAGUUGUCACUCAGAACUCUACUUUGCUGGUCAAUUGUGGGCUCCAUGUUGCAUUUUGUAUACAUCUUAACUUAUGGUAGCUACCAAGGGAUCAUUUUGUACAUGAUAUCAAAGUUAUGAUACAGUGCUUUCUAACCCUCACACUUUGUGGGCCUUCUAGUUGUAUUAAUUAGAAAUAGGAAUUUAAAUUGAUUCUAAUGGCAAAGAUAAAAAAAAAAAGCAGAAAAUGUUUCACUCAAAUAUUUCAGAAAAUACAGCUAAAUAUCAUUAAUUUUUGUUGCUAGAUACAAGAUGAUUUGUACCAAGACAUGGCCCAACUUUCAUGGCCAGGACUUGGAUGGAUGCAAAGCCAUCAUUGAUUCUCAGGGCUUUUCUUCAGAUGUCAAGUAUGGCAAAUCCAAGAUUUUUAUUAGGUCACCACAAACUCUCUUUGCUUUAGAACAGAGCAGAGGGGCCAAAAUACCCAGCAUUGUUCUCUUUUUACAGAAGGUAUGUCCAUCUUUUUAGUGUGUUGUACUGUUAAUUUAAAUAAUAAUCAAUAUCUAAUAUCCAAAAUGCUAUGAGUGGUUAUUUUUUUACAUCAGUCAUCAUUAGCAGUAUGUUUGUAUAAAUGUGCAUUUAAUGCUGGACUGCAUUCCUUCUUACUAGCCAAAAUAUUUUUUCAAUUCACCUCCAGAAAUAAGUAUUUUAUUUUAUUUUUUUUUUUUAAAUUCUUUUUUCCUGAGAAGGCUUUUGGGCAAAAAAUUAUAUUGUCUAGAAAAACCUUAAAUAUUUGUAAAACGUUAUCAGUCAACAACAGUUAAUUGAUCUGAUCUACAAGAUAAGUACCAGUAUUUAUCUAUCUUUUCCAAAUAAACCCUUUAAAUUUCAUGAGUGAAUUUCCUCUAAUUACAGCACACCCGUGGGGCUUUGACCAGAAAGAGAGUUAAACGUGUUAGAGCUGUAUAUUUGAUCAUGCAUCAUUACAAGAGAUAUAAACUACGAUCAUAUGCACUUGCUUGUUUGGAAAGAUUCCGCAAUGCUAAAAAAAUGAAAGACUAUGGGUUAAGUGUACAGUGGCCCAAGCCCCCAAAUUCCUUGAAGUCCACAGUGGAACUCCUAAAGAGAGCUCAUGCUAGGUAAAUAAAUUAUAAUUUCUAGUCAUUAUUAAAUCAAAGUGUGCUAUGGAAUGAUCUUUUGACAAUAUUAUUCCUAAAUUUCUAAAUAAAGUCUUCAAAACAUGCAACUUAUUCCCAUUGAUUGGAACAAUGUCCUUAAAGUCAAAAAAGGCAAUAGAGGAUAAAUAUUAACUCUUUAUCAUUAGGUGGCGAGCAUUCAUGAUACUGUCCAAGAUCCAAGUCAAUGAUAGGCCAUUGAUGAGACUGAAAGUGAUGGCUGGAGAUGUCCUAGUUGGCAAGCGUGCAGACUGGGGCGUGAAACGCAACUGGGAGGGAAAUUACCUGGCAUCUGUGAGGAAACUUUUUCUGAUUUCUAGUUCAGUAUCUCUUUAAGAAAAAUUUUUUUUUUAGAAAUUUAAAGCUAGGCUAAGUAAUUUUAACAAUUAGUGGAGGCCUAGAAAAAAAUCCUGCAGUUUUAAAAAUCUCUUAAAAACAAUAAAUGAAUACUGCAAUGAGUGAUGAGUAAAUGCUCAUUAUCUUUAUUGAAAAAAAUAAUUGCCACCCAAAGUAUUAUUAGAAAGCUUUUGCCCUGAAAGCCAAUAAAUGUUGUUUUGAAUUACAAACGGGUAUGGCCAAUGGCUGGCCAAAAAUUUUUUAAUGAAUACAUGCUACCUUGCAAUUACUAAAUAUUAAGUAAAUAGAGGAGCGUGUGACAUUAUAUAUCCAGAACUUUGAAGUAAGCACAGUUACAAUAGUAAUUAAAAGUGUUGGGGGCCAUUUCAUUUUAAAAAAUAGUAUGGGGAACAUUAGGAUCACAUUGUAAAAGGGGAAUAAAAUCAUAAGACAAGGGAACACUCAAAUGAUGAAGACAACACAAAGCAAACGUGUCUGCCAAAAAGUCUUAUUCGGCAAACUAUGAAAUAAAUUAACUUUGCUCAUAGGUUUGGACGCUAUGUCAAGGAAACUUAACUGUAAUGAGCUUUCUUAAUGUUUAAGGAUAAUGUUGACUGAUACUGAUACAAAAUAAACACCAGGUUUUCUAGCUUCAUCUAAUUUUUUAAAAAUUAUUGCUAUAAGAUUGACUUUGUGUUUCAGUUUAGAUUGGUGGAUUAUUUUUUAAUGCUGUAAUUCUCAUUUUCAGUCUAAAGACAACAGCAACACUUCAGAUUUUGUGUCCCAGAUGAACACCUUGAAGAGCAGAGAUGGUUUCACCAAAAUUUUAUUUUCAUCUUAUGUUAAAAAGGUAAGCCAGGCAGCAUUAUAAUUUGUAAAUGGAGAAAUAACAAUAUGAUCCUAAUUUAACUUUGCCGAUUUUUAAUAAAUUUUUUUGAUUUUGAAUGAAAAAUAUAUUUGGAUUCAUAAUUUAGUUUUUUUAGCAUUUAAAUCAUUUAUCAGUUUGAUUCCAUAAUUUAAAUUGAAACAAUAAACAUUAAUGCUCAAAUGUAUUAUCAUUUUUAAGGCUAACAAGUUCAACAAAACAGCAGAAAGAGGCAUCGUCAUAACAGAUAAGUUGAUUUACAAGCUGGAUAUAAAGAAAAAGUUUAAACCUAUGACUAAGGGAAACUCUCUCACAGAAGUAAGUUAGCUUUCCUCAUUUUUCUAUAAGGCUUUAAAAAAAUAGGACAAUAUUAAUAAUAGGCCUUCCAUUUUUCACUUAUGCUUUUCUUUCAUUGAUGCUGGCUGGAGAAAUACAGAAAUAUCAGUAUCGGGUACCGUAAUAUAAAGAAGUAAUGUUUUUCUACAUCUAUUGAUUUACUUUUAUUUUUUUGUGUGUUGUGUGGAGUAACGAUUAUUAAUGAGUGGAUGGAACUUAUUAACCUUGGAUGGCAACUCAUCUAAGAGAAGACAAACUCUGAAAUCUAACCUGGAGAUGGAGUCCAGUAGGCAGUGUGACACUGACACAAUGAAAAUUCAGACAAAAAACACUGCUGGUCAUCUACUGCAUCCUGGUCUAUUUCCAGUAUUUGACUAAGUCUUGCCAUUGGAUCAAAUAGGCAUGGACGAGAUGGUGAGGCUGAUGAGUGAGCAACUCUCCCUCAUUUUAAAACAAAAUACAACUCAAAUCAUUGCUACUACUCAAGUCAAAUACUGCCUUAAUCAUCUUGACACAUGAAGGACGAACAAUAUAAUAAUGAUUAUGUGUAGCUGCUUGAUGUUUGAGCAUUUAACUCCUCAUACAUCAAUGAUAUCUCAUAAUAAUAAUGUAAUGUUUCAUUAUAUGACUUUGAGAAGAAUCAUGUAAACUUUAUGAUUUAACUUCUUGUAAAGUUACUUCAAAUGUAACAAAGCUUUUUUUUUUUAAAUCUAUUUUCCAUCACAGGUAACCGGAUUAAGUGUCACACCUGGGAAGGAUCAGCUGGUCAUAAUUCACCUCAGUGGGGGCAAUGAUCUGGUCUUGUGUUUGGAAAAUCCUGCCCAUGAGGAGAGAGUUGGUGAACUGGUGGGCGUGUUGACCUCACACAUGCACAAGUAAGACAUCCAUAAUGCAUUAUAUUUUAAGCUGAAGGUUUUUUAAAACAGCAACAGCUGAGGUCAGCUUACACUGUUUUAGGGUUGACGUAAGAGAGGUCACACCUUUUGAAUUAAAAGAUAGCCUAGCUGGCAAUAGUUUUAGAAAGUUCAAAAUUGAUCUUCACUUAAGUGUACUAAAUGGUAUAAAUAUUUCUUCUUUGAGUAAAACAAAAUAUGUAAGGACCUUUUCUUUGAAUUGAUUCACUCAAGAGUCUUUUAAAAAAAUUUUUUUUAUUACUUUGUAUAUUUAUCUUCAACACAUUUUCUUUUAUCAAACUAAAGAAUUUUAAAACGAGACCUGAAAGUAAACAUCACUAAAAGUUUGAACUGCAUGCUGGGACACAAGCCCCGUACUGUGGUAGUCAAAGAGACGGCGGCGAAUGGUGGCACUGUUUUCAAGAAAGAAGGUGACGGACUUGCACUGUUUUGGCCCACAUCAUAAGAUCUCACACAAAAUAAAAUUUUAAAAAAUAUAUUUUAGCUUUUACUUUUAAUCUGAAGAAAAAUGUCAGCAUCUUUGCUUUGUAGCGACAUGGAGGCCAUGAUGUACUUCAUGAAUAUUUCUUUACACAUUUUAAAGUAUGGCAUGAAAAAUUCAGUUAACAGAUAAUGCAUUUGAAUUCAUGGAUAAUUUAAAAUUGACAAUUUUAUGUCAUGACUUUCAAACAACUUGUACAUUGUUUGCUGGUUUAAGUCUUAGGACCAGAAAUGUGCUAUCUUCUUACUCAUGGCUUUACUUGAUCUUUUACAUGCAGUGCUUUAGAAGGGGAGGGUAUUUGAAAUAAACAAAACAGGAUGAAUGUAAGUUAUUGAUGAGAUAAAAAAUGAUUCAUAUAUCAAGCAUAGCAUUUUAUAAAUAUAUUGAGCAAGAAAUUUUUAUAUGUGGGUUUUGGGUUGGCAUUUUGCUUUUUUUUCUAUACUUGAGGUGAGCAAACAUUGACCCUUUGAAUAGCAUUGACACAGUUUGCUCACUGUGUUUAAUUGUGAUGGAGUUUCAAAUGAUUUGAAAUGGAAAAAUGUAAUCCUGUCCAGAGGUUGUUGGUACAUUUACUUUAUAAAAGUAGACUCGUCUCUGGUUGGCUACGAAAAUGUUUUAUCUGUACAUAACUGUUUGUAAAUACAUGAUUCUUAUAUUUUUGAGGGUGAUUUUGUUAGAACUGUGAUAUAUUAGACAAAUUUGUUAAAUUUUGGGGGGGAAAAGAAUGUUGGCAAAAUGUUUUCUAAUAACUGAUUGAAAAUCAUUAAAAUUUGUUAAAAACUAGUUUUUACUAGUUGUGCCCUUUUUUGAUAGAAUCAGUUAUAUUUUAAAUCACAGAAAGUCUUGAACUAAUUUAAAUUUGUGUCCUUCUAAACCAUCACAUUUUUUUUACAUAUCUUAUGUUGAUCAUGGUUGAAUGUAAAUUAUUUGUAACAUUUGAAAGGUCUGCCCAAUAUCACAAACAUAGCAAUUCUGAGUUAUGUUGAUAUCAAAGUUUAUAAUAUGUGUAUGCAAAUUUAUUGUUGACUAGAAAGAAAAUCUGUCUGUAGCGUCAAUCUGUAGAGGUAGAUUUGUGAUGAAAAUGAUUAACCUUUGUCAAUGCAUAAUUAACCAAAAUAAAUAGCAAUCAAAACUUAUUUGAUGCCAAGGUUAUUUACUUAAAAUGGAAAACCCAUUUUGUAUAGAGUAAUUUUUAGACAGGACAGACAUCUUUAUAGAAAUUUCAAUACUGAUGAGUCUUACUAUGGAACUAUUUUGAUUAAAAAACAUUAUAUAUCAAUUAUAAAAUUUGUACAAUUUCCUACUUAAAUAAAUCACACUUUUUAUGUUAUCUAAACGGUAUGCCAAAAUAUGUACUUUAAAUAGAAAACUUUUACAUGACAACACUUAAUGUUAUGUUUGUGUCCAUAUUUUUCUCUAUGAAUGUGUCCUGUUUAAUGCAUUAAGAACAUCAUGCAGUAUUUCUCUUUGCGCCACUAAUAUUGUUCUCUUGUGUCAAGCCUUUAAUUUAUAUUUUAUUUAUUUUUCACUUGUGUUAGCGAGAAAGAAAAAAAAGCAACUAACCUCAGCAGUAAAAAUGGGGGCGGCAAUAGAGAAUCUGUCUAAACUUCUAAUGUAUUUCAACAUUUUUGACACUUGAAUUCCAAGUUUGGGAAUAGUUUGUACAUCAUUCCAUCCCCGUGGCACUAAAUUACACACCAUAAAUGUAAUGAGGGAGUCAGUAUUGUCUACUUGCGCCCAGCAUUGUCACUCCCGUAAACGUGUACUUUUCCUCACGUUAACCCCCCAACACUGGUCACUGUUAUUUAUGUUUGCAAUGUAAUGGUGCUAUGGGCUACUUACAAUAAUGAUUGAGCUUUUAUCCACAGCACUUGCUAUAUUAUUUUUUGUAUACUUCAGAUCUGUUAUAAGAAAUCUCCAUAACGAUAUGUGUUUUUUUGAAGUCUAUACAUAUUUAUUAUAUUGCAUUUGUAACAUCCAUAUUCCUCUUUAUUUCUUACUCUAAGACUCUUAAAUUAAAAUCCAUUAUUCUUUCUUUAUCUCGUAUUGACUUUGAUCCACAUGGGGGCUUAGUCAGGGCCACAACACAGUCUAUAGUUGGAACAUCUUUACAGUUAUCCGGCAAACGUAAAAAUAAUUAAUAAAUAGAACUGUUGCUAGAUUUUACUGCAAAGUUUAAGUGUUUUACAACCAAACUUCAUCUUUUUGUGCUCACUAUUUUGGCUAACUUAAAUGCAGAUAUAUGCCUCUGAAACCUGCCACCAGAGUCUUGACUUGUUUCAUGACAUGCCAGACAAGCCUCAAGCUUAAAUCACAGGUGCAUCUCCAACAAAAAUUAACGGCAUACACAGUUGAAGAGGGCAAAGUAGCAUAAGGGUUGGAAAAUGUGGGGAGAAGGGGCACAUAUACAUCCUACAUUAGGGGGCCAUACUUAAAAGAAGAGCGCCUUGGGGGGCACAUAUGCAGCCUAUAUUAGGGGCCAUACUUAAGACAAGUGUCUGGGGGGGAGGGGGCACAAAUAUCUUUCAUACAUUGGGGGCCAUCCUUAAAGGGGAGGGGGGGGUGAUUACGAAUUAUAUAUAAUGUAAGAUGAGGAUGUCAAUUUUUUUUUACAAAUUUACAGGAAACCAAACCCAGGAUGCUUUUAUAUUUAUCUGCUGUCUAACUGCCAUGCUCUUAUCACUAUACUAUUUUGUGUGCUAGGAAAGCCCUGUGAGACAUUUUAUACUCACACAAUUACCAGUUCAUUUUACAAUUAUACUUUUUAAGUUUUUAUUCCACUUAAAAAUCCAAAAGGCUUGAAUAGCUAUAAUCUGUUGUGGAGAAGUUAAGGAUCCACAAUACGGUAGUUCCUCUUUUUACAAACUUUUCCUAUAGUAAUGAACUUUAGUUAGAGAUUUUAGAAUAGUUCGUGUAGAAUUGGUUGAGACUACUUUGCAAAUAUUGUGGUAAAGUUUUACUUGUGCUGCCUCUUGUGUUAAAAUAUGUGUAUAAAUAUACCAAUUUGUGCUGUAAUAUUCUUGUAAGUAAGUUGCUGUAAUUUGUUAACAUAUUAAUAUUUGUAAAAUAUUAGCUCCACAGCAAUCAAUUAGACCAAUACAGAAGAUCAAUGAAAUUUUUGGAAGGAUACUAUUUCUGCUGUUGACUACUGGUAGUGAUUUUUUACAAUAACUAUGCACAUUAACAUUCCCAAUUGUUUUUGUUUUUUUCAAUCAAUUUGGUGACUGAUUUUUCUUAAAAGUAAAAUGGGGAAACUUCAAGACAUCUGGUGAUUUUUUGAUAUUUGUUUCUUUCAAAUUGUGUUAUAGUCAUGUAAAUUAUGCUUGAAACUGACAUGUGAGUUCUUUUCCUCAAAACGUUCACUGAAAUAGUACACUUUUUUUUGAAAGAAGAGAACCAAAGAAUGUUCCUAAAAGAUAAUUGGGGGGGGGGGGGAAAAAUUUUCCAAUCCCCAACUUAUCAUUUUUUUUUUUUAAACCCAACUUUAAAACCAAAACUGCUUGAAACUGACAUGUGAGUUCUUUUCCUCAAAACGUUCACUGAAAUAGUACACUUUUUUUUGAAAGAAGAGAACCAAAGAAUGUUCCUAAAAGAUAAUUGGGGGGGGGGGGGAAUACAUUUCCAAUGCCCAACUUAUCAGUUUUUCUCUCUAGAACCAACCUUAAAACCAAAACCAAUUGUGUGGAACCAUUCUUAUGAUCAGUUGGGCAAAGUUGUGUUGUUUGUUGUUGUUUGAACUAUUGUGAUUCAAGACGACAUCAUUGACCAUUGGAAGAACAGCCUUAUAUUCUAGUUGACCCUUUUGUAUUGACCCUUUUUGUUUAUAUAAAGUAAAGAAGACCUCUCUAAGACAAAACAUAAGUGCUUUAUUUUACACACAUUAUCUGUGAUACACAGAUGUUUUUAAGAUCAUUUUGAGCUCUUUCCCAUAAAAAACCUGGAAGCCUUAUCAGCUUUUGGCAUUUCUUAAAAUACCCUGUGACCCUAAAAAUAUCUUAUUGAUUUUGGCUUAGGUAAAUUCUUUCAAAUUGUGUGAAACUUUUGCAAAUUUGUGUAUUUAAUAUUAUAUAUAAAUUUUGUAUUCCUAUUUACUUGAUUAGUGCCAUUAUUUAUAUCCUUGUAAUUUAAAUCCAUCUUAUGUUGUAAAUGUUGAGAGCUGCAUUUUUUCCCCCUCUUAAACUUUUAGCCAUGUGCCUAAAUCCUGUUGAGUACCUGAAAUGCAGAUCACAUAAUGGUUUUUAUCCUUGUAAUAGUAUAUUAAACAAGUAUGGCCUAUAUUUCUGAUUUCAAUUUAACCAAAUCUUUCAUGAUCAAAGGCUUAAUAAAUUUUAAUCUGUAUUGUACUCUCCUUUAAAAUAUAUCAGUUAUAAGCUCUGUUCCACAUUGCUUCAUAAAUUGACAUUUAUCCCUGUAGAGUUUAGUAGCUCUUACCUACUGCCUUGGUCUGCAUUUUUGUUGUUAUUCGUGUAAGUAAACUGUUAUUGAUGUCUUAUAUAUCAAAUAAAAAGAUUG